ACCAAAACUCAAUCUUUUACGUCCACGCUUUUCAACCAAUCACAGCCCCUCAACAAAAACGCGCCAACACCAGAAGCUCUUUUACGUCCGCGCAAAAAUCCAACAACCAACCAGUUUCUCUGCAUUCUCAAUCCACCCCAACACUAUAAAUACCCUGAGACGCCUGUACACGAUGUUCAGUUCCUAUUUAUUCUCAUUUCUAAAACACCUUAUUUCAUUUUCCAUCUAAACUACGAGAUGGCGCAGAAACAAAAGCAUCAAUUUAGAAAUCCUCAGCUUCAGCAUACUUCACCCCUGAUGUCAGCGGCAGAGAUAGACAACAUAAGAAACAACAUCAAAGACACAUCACUACCUACACAAACUGCAAUUCCGGCAGGCACAAGCAAGAUGGCUGAAAAAUCCAGGGCCCCUAAAAACUCAGGCAUUAUCCAACUAAAUACCUUGGAAGCAUUGGGCAUCAAACCUACAGAUUUUGUCUUUAAGAAACAUGCAUCCGGGGACCGUUGUCCCACCAACGCUGAAAGUGAUUUCUACUCCAUUAGGCGUAUAGAGUCCUGCAUUCUCAAGAGCACAAAGGCCCUCAGCGUACUCGACGAAGCUAACAAAUCAAAGGUAGUCCUUAAGGGCUUCCGCCCGCAGAUCUCGAACCUCUGCAGCAACCCUGAUACAACAAACAUCGGCACAAUCUGGGAGGCCAUCCUUGACCACUGCGGGCGUAACCUCCAAUCUGCUGCAACUGACCACCACACCAACGCACUAAUAAAGCUGAAAACAGAACAAUAUCUACAUGAAUCAUCAAUUAUCCAGAUCAUCGAUGACAAGCCCUUCAGCGACGCCCUCAUCCUGAGAGCCAAGUCUCAAGCGGCUGAUGGAGAAAACGCUCUUCUCAACCCUCUGACAACAACCCUCGCAAGCUUUACUGAUACAACUAACCUAGGCAUUAUUUAA